UGACAGAGACGUGGGCGGCAUUUACCACUCCACUAUGGCUGGAGUUAAUACAUUACUUCCGCCCAGGGUCCUGCUUUCGCAAUCGAGAUUGGAGCUGGAGAUCUGGUUAUAGAUUUACUUCUAAUAAUGUCUGAUGUGUGGAGUAAAGUCCUCCUUGGGCUUUGUAUAACCAUCCGCUCUUCUCCUCAGGAACUGCUCACACCUGUGCCCCAACGAUGAGGGCACAGGAGGAACCCGAAGCAGGCUGGACACAGCGUGAGUCCCUUGGCUCAGCAGGGACCUCCAUGAGGGACCCUCCAGUGGCCCUGCCCACAGCAGGGACCUCCACGAGGGAACCUCCAGUGGCUGAGCCCCAGUUCGACAUGCUGUACAAGAUCGAGGAUGUGCCACCCUGGUACCUGUGCGUCCUGCUGGGCUUCCAGCAUUACCUGACGUGCUUCAGUGGCACUAUCGCUGUGCCCUUCCUUUUGGCUGAGGCGCUGUGUGUGGGCCGCGACCAAUACAUGGUCAGCCAGCUCAUUGGCACCAUCUUCACCUGUGUGGGCAUCACCACCCUCAUCCAGACCACACUGGGCAUCCGGCUGCCGCUGUUCCAGGCUAGUGCCUUUGCGUUUCUGGUCCCAGCCAAAGCCAUCCUGGCCCUGGAGAGAUGGAAAUGUCCCUCAGAAGAGGAGAUCUACGGAAACUGGAGUCUGCCCCUGAACACUUCUCAUAUCUGGCACCCACGGAUACGAGAGGUCCAGGGCGCAAUCAUAGUGUCCAGCAUUGUGGAAGUGGUGAUUGGGCUGAUGGGACUGCCUGGGGCCCUGCUCAGCUACAUUGGGCCUCUCACAGUCACCCCCACUGUCUCCCUUAUUGGCCUCUCUGUCUUUCAAGCUGCUGGUGACCGAGCUGGCUCCCACUGGGGCAUCUCAGCUUGCUCCAUUCUCCUGAUCAUCCUCUUCUCCCAGUACCUACGCAACCUCAACCUCCUGCUGCCUGUCUACCGCUGGGGCAAGGGCCUCACUCUCUUCCGCAUCCAGAUCUUCAAGAUGUUUCCUAUUGUGCUGGCCAUCAUGAUCGUGUGGCUGCUGUGCUAUCUCCUGACCCUGACAGACGUGCUGCCCACAGACCCUACAGCCUAUGGCUUCCACGCACGAACAGAUGCCCGAGGGGACAUCAUGGGUAUCACACCCUGGAUCCGAAUCUCCUACCCCUGUCAGUGGGGCCUGCCUACAGUGACUGCAGCAGCUGUCCUAGGGAUGUUCAGUGCCACACUGGCGGGCAUCAUUGAGUCCAUUGGAGAUUACUACGCCUGUGCCCGCCUGGCUGGUGCACCACCUCCUCCAGUACAUGCUAUCAACAGGGGCAUCUUUAUCGAAGGCAUCUGCUGCAUUAUCGCAGGACUGUUGGGUACGGGCAACGGGUCCACCUCGUCCAGCCCCAACAUUGGCGUCCUGGGAAUAACCAAGGUGGGCAGCCGGCGCGUGGUACAGUACGGUGCAUGCAUCAUGCUGGUCCUGGGCACCAUUGGCAAAUUCACGGCCCUCUUUGCUUCGCUCCCUGACCCCAUCUUGGGGGGAAUGUUCUGCACCCUCUUUGGUGAGUGCCGGGCGCGGGCCCCAGGUCCCAUCACGGUAGCAGAGUGGGGGAGCCCCGCCGGGCCGCGUGGCUUCUCUAGCGGUUCUCCUGCCCCCUCAGGCAUGAUUACCGCUGUGGGGCUGUCCAACCUGCAGUUUGUGGACAUGAACUCCUCCCGCAAUCUCUUCGUGCUCGGAUUUUCCAUGUUCUUCGGGCUCACGCUGCCAAAUUACCUGGAGUCCAAUCCUGGCGCCAUCAACACAGGCAUUUCUGAAGUGGACCAGAUUCUGACUGUGCUGCUGACUACAGAGAUGUUUGUGGGUGGCUGCCUCGCUUUCAUAUUGGACAACACAGUGCCAGGGAGCCCCAAAGAACGAGGUCUGAUACAGUGGAAAGCUGGGGCCCAUGCCAACAGUGAGAUGUCUACUAGCCUCAAGAGCUACGACUUCCCCAUUGGGAUGAAGAUGAUAAAAAGAAUUGCCUUUCUGAAAUACAUUCCUAUCUGCCCAGUCUUCAAAGGAUUUUCUUCAAGGUCCAAAGACCAGCUUCCAGGUCCAGAAGACACUCCGGAAAAUAAAGAAACCAGACCUGUAUGCACCAAGGUCUGAAAAAUUACUCCCAGGAAAGGAAGGAUCUAUUAGUCUAUAGCUCUUGUGGGAGGGUUGAAAAAAAAAACCAUAACCAAAGAAAAAGCAGUUUCCAUUUUUGUGACCUAUUUGAGUGUCUUCAUCAAGGGGAACACAGACUGGCUAAAAAGUCAAUAUAUAGAUUUUGAAUGGAAUUCCUUAGGCGUUUUAUAGGUUUACAAGUAUGCUGAAAUAUUGAUCCCUUCAGCCUUCUGGGUAUCUGGGUAGAAGCUGGGUCAUCUGGAGCCCAUGAGCCACAAACGUCAGCCAUAGGCAGCCAGCCUCAUCUCUGUACUCCAGAAUGCUAAAUAAAAAACUUUAUGAGAUGGAAAGGUUGAGAAAUACUGACAUAGCAAAAUAACAAGAAAAACCCUCUCAUAUGCCUUGUUUUAAUAAGCCAUAAAAUAAAAACAGGAUGACUUCCGUUACCCUAAAACUAUGCCAUAUAGGCUCUGAUGGGGUGAUUAUUUGUCUCAAGGACUUUGAAAUGUACUCAGUAGUGAUACUCUGAAACUUUCCAUUUCUACCUGAAAUAAUAAAGGGAAUGUGUACAUUCCAUUUCUACCUGAAAUAAUAAAGGGAAUGUGUACAGAAUCAUCUCUGCUUCAGUUUAUUAUGGUGUAUUCAGGUGUAAUGCAGACACCUGGCUCUCUAGUCAAACAUCAAAGUAGUUUUAAUCUACACAUUCCCUAAGUCAGACAAAAAAUGUUCCAACAAAAUGAGAGCUUAGCCUAGAUGAUUCCUUAAAGGAAUAACAAUCACUUACUUAAAUAGAACUUUCUAUGUGCCAGGGACUGUCUUAAGUGCUUGAUGUAUAUUAACGCAUCACACAGUCCUGAGAUAUUAUCAUUACUAUUCUAAAAAGCCAGAAUCUUAAGUUACAAAAAGGUUAAAUGACUUGCCCAUGAUCACUGGAUUCACAAUCAGGAAGUCUGACUAGCCUGCUCUUAAUCAUUGGAUUACAAUGUCUAAGUUUAUAAUCUCCAAUUAUAUCGCACUAUGGUAAUUUGGCAGCAUGUGGAAAUGAAUUUAUUUGCCUCCAUCUGAGCUCAGAGAGAGAGGAUCUGUAAGUCUCAUGUAUUUGGCAGCCCUGUGGUACUGAGCUGUUAAGAGAACAAAGGGGACUGGUUGUAUCAUGGCUACAAAAAGAAUAAGACUAAAGCAGAAUCAUCUCUGCUUCAGUUUAUUAAAAACCCUGUUUAUUAGUUUGUUAUGGUAGCUAUUAAAAACCACUGGGGCACAGGUGCUCACACCAAAGGAUCCCCAACUCCAGGAAGGAUGUGAGGAAGAACUGAUUACAUGGCCUUCUCAAUCUUGAGCCUAACAAACUUGAAAAAAGCCCAGAGGGCAUUAUCAACAACCUCGUAGGGCCAUGAGACAGAAUUGUAUGUGGAACUAGGAAAUUGCUAGUUGGUUGACAGUGUAUCCCAAAUAAAGAUUAUCCACAAACAUAUUAUAAAUAAGCUUAUGAGGGGAAAAUAGGGAAGAUCCGGGUGAAUCAAAAUAGCAAACUAGUCCUAUCAGACUAGCAAUGGCUUGUGAAGGUCAGAAGCCAAUGAAGGUUAUGGUAGAGUUAAGAUUACCACUAUAUUGGUCAGGUGCAGUUUCUUAACAUGGAUAUCUAUAAUUGCCCUGAUGUUGCAGCCUGAGGUGAUCAACGUGGGUCACAGAAGGGGCUAUGGGGUUUAUUUUAUUGCUGUAUUUUGGACAGAUAUUUGCAUAACAACAUACUUGACAAAAUGGGAUCUAA